AUGUCAUCCGCCACUUUAUCAACUUUGCGCCACCUUCGGUGGCCACUUAUGAUGGUGUACUUGGCGAAGUUGGCGCGCGCGACAUUUUUGCUGAUUUCGAGGAUCUUGCACUUUCAGUCCCCUCCUCAGGACUCACUGCCUACUGGGCUUACACCGGAAAAUUCCGAGCUCCCUCCCUCUGGUCCCAACCAGAUCGAGGUCGCUCAGCUGGAGUCUGAGCAGCCAGAUUUUGCCCAGGAUGGACUCACCGGAAGCGCGUGGGGUGACUGGGCCAACUACACCGCUUCUCCAUUGCGCGCGUUCGAGAAUGAGUUGGGUGUUCAGGCUCCUGUGGGAUUUUGGGACCCCGCCGGAUUCACGGCUGAUGGCAGCGUAGAGGACUUCAAGCGCCGUCGUCAGACUGAACUCAAGCAUGGUCGCAUCUCUAUGCUCGCGACGAUGGGAUAUAUUACCCCGGAGAUCACUGGAAAGCUGCCGGGCUACUUGUCCCCAUCGGCCGGAUUGAAAUUUGCCGACGUGCCCAAUGGACUUGCAGCAAUCUCCAAGGUGCCUGCAGCAGGCUGGGGACAGAUCUUGGCCUACAUGGCAUUCUGCGAGGUUUCCCAGGACCAGUCUCCUGGCACACCUGCUGCCGCUGGAGAUUUUGGUUUCAAGGUCUUGACUUCUUCCGAUCCUGCGGAGAAAACCAAAAAAUUGUCGGCGGAACUUGCUAACGGAAGACUUGCGAUGAUGGCGAUCAUUGGCAUGUUCUUCCAGGAUGGGCUCACUGGCAGCGCUUGGGGUGACUGGGCGAACUACACUGCUUCCCCUUUGCGCGCGGAGCCUGUCAGCGGAGCAGCCGCCGCAGCUGCUGCUGCCAAGGCAGCAGCUGCUGCCAAGGGAGCAGCUGCUGCCAAGGGAGCGACGGCCACAGGAUCGGCAGUGGCAGGUUCGGCUGGUGUGGGAUCUUUGAAGGAGAAAGGUGUUUCAGGCAAGGGAAGUCCUGAAUUCGACCCAUCCACCCAGAUUGGCGCUAUGGCCCCACUGGGUUUCUUUGACCCCGCCGGUUUCUGCAAGAAGGGCGACGAAGCUGGCUUCCGAAACCUGCGGGCAGCCGAGAUCAAGCAUGGCCGUGCUGCCAUGAUGGCUGCACUUGGAGCAGUGGUGCAACACUACGUGAAGUUCCCAGGCUUUGAGUCCGUGCCAAGUGGCUUGGCCGCUGCUGUCACACCACCCGGGAGCUAUGGCUUCAUUGCUUUGUUCGCGGUGUCUGGAGCGUUGGAGCUGGGCCUUUGGACGGAGAGCGACGACAAGGAACCCGGAAACUUCGGCUGCUUGGAAGGCGAAGGCUGCGAUCGACCCAACAUCUCGCUGCCGAAGAGUCAGGAGCGCACGAUGGGAGAAGCCUUGAUCCGGGAGGCCGCCGCAUGGCUGACGCAGACGGCGUCAGAGCUGGGAUUGUUGGAGCCUUUUGGGGAUCGCGAAACGGAACAGCUCCCUACUUGGGGCUUUGGUGCAGAGUCUGCCAUCCGAACUGGUGUGGCGAUGGGCUUUGGAGGGUUUGACCCCCAAAAGAAAGAGAUCUUUUCUGGGGCCUUCUUUAGGCCUCUUGGGGUUUGCCAGUGGUGCUGGUGCUGCUUGGCAUACGAUCUUGUGGAAGGGCUUGGAGGGGAGUGGCUCGUGAGCGGAGGAGCCUUGGACAUCUCGAGCAUCCAGGACUUGGUCUCGGGCGCCCUUUGGGGGGGUUAUCCUGGGCAGAUGGGUGGCAAGGCCUUGGCGCAGCUACUGGUUGGUGAGGUCUCGCCCAGUGGGCGUCUCUCCCAGACCUUCUACAGGGAGGAGUACUUCCAGCACGUGCCCAUGCAAGACUACAGCUUUCCUGCUCGCGCAGACUAUCCAGGGCGAGGCUAUCGCUUCGUCGAGGACAAGUGGGUUCUCUACCCUUUCGGCUUUGGCCUCUCCUACGACACCUUCUCGUACACGUGGGUCGAGCAGAAGGAGAAGGCCUUGGAAGAGGACCGCAGGAGCCGCAGCUGUCGCUUCCAGGUCCAGGUCUCCUCCCGUGAGGGUACGGGCAGUUCGCUGCUGUUCUUCCUCCGGCCUCCGGCGGAGGUGGCUGGGGUCGACGGGAUGCUGCGCAAGAAGCUGGUGCACUUCGAGCGACUGCCGCCCGCCAGGUCGCAAGUGGUCUCUGUGCGGCUGACGCCCAAGGACUUCCGCCUCUUUGCGGGCACCGAAGCAGAGAAGAGGCUGAUCACUGGGAGGUGGACCUUAGAAGUGAAUCAGCCGACAGAUCUGAGCCAAGUGAUCCAUGUGACCAACCAUGGCUGUAUGGCGGGAGAGGGGCCGAUCUUGCUGUGA